GGGUUAGAUUAGAAGUUUUAGAAAGUGUAAAGAUGCGCAGCAAUUGAAAGAAUCCAUGUGCAUGGCACUCUUCUUGAAAGAAUUCAUGUCCAUGCCACUCUUGUUUCUCUAUCCGUUUAAUCAACACAAAGCUGGUUUGCAACUAAUUAACACACAAAGCCUAACUCCACUUUGUCCAGCAAUGAGCUAAGAAGAGAACGCAUUCAGAGUGCUCUGCUCUCUUCUUCUUCUGUAGAAACAUCUUUCUCCAAUCCAAACAUAACAACAAUCUUCGUUUUGUUAUUUAAUUCAUCCUCUCUCUCUCUGUUUCAUUUACUCCUCUGAGAUUCGGAAUUUACUUACAGCCCCUCUUAUUUUGGAAACCUUUCUUCUUCAAUAACCAACCAACCCAACCCUUUGCCUUUCUCAUCACCAACUUCUCUAUUCUCUACUAUUCUUUUUCACUCGGGAAAAAAAAAUGGAUAAUACCAACUUGCCGGUUACUUCUUCCAAAUCUGAGAGGCGAUCGAAAUCCAAGACUCUCCAUACCACCUCCAAUUCCAAACCUUCUCUUCUUAUGGCCUUUCUUUCUUGCCUUGCCUGGCUUUACGUUGCUGGCCGUUUGUGGCAAGAUGCAGAGAACAGAAUGUUGCUGGCCAAUUUGUUGAAGUUGAAUUAUGCUCAGCAGCGACCUAAGGUACUUUCUGUGGAGGACAAAUUAAUGGUCCUUGGAUGCAAGGAAUUACAGAGGAGAAUUGUUGAUAUUGAGAUGGAAUUGACGGUGGCAAAGAGCCAAGGCUAUCUUAAGAAACAGCUGAAGCAAAGUGGGUCUUCUUCUGGCAAAAAGUUGCUCGCUGUCAUUGGAGUUUAUACUAGUUUUGGGGGUCGGCUACAACGCAAUAUCAUCAGAGGUUCUUGGAUGUCAAGAUCUGAUGUUUUAUCAAAACUUGAAGAAAGAGGGAUUCUUGUGCGAUUUGUGAUUGGACGGAGUCCUAAUCGUGGUGACAGCUUGGACCGCAAUAUUGAUGAGGAAAACCUUGCAACAAAGGACUUUUUGAUUCUUGAUCAUCAUGAGGAGGCUCAAGAGGAAUUGCCCAAGAAAACAAAGUUCUUCUUUAGCACCGCAGUCCAGAUGUGGGAUGCAGACUUCUAUAUAAAAGUCGACGACAAUGUUGCUCUGAAUUUUGAUGAUCUGAUUGAACUUCUUGAAAGCCGUCAUGAUAAAGACAGUGCUUAUAUUGGUUGCAUGAAGUCUGGUGAUGUAGUAGUUGAAGAGGGAAGACCAUGGUAUGAGCCAGAAUGGUGGAAAUUUGGUGAUCAGAAAUCGUACUUUCGCCAUGCAGCUGGUUCUAUCUUUAUCCUUUCAAAAAAUUUGGCUCAGUACAUAAACAUUAACGGUGCAUCUUUGAAGGCUUAUGCUCAUGAUGAUAUUUCUGUGGGCUCGUGGAUGAUGGGUCUUCAAGCAACCUACAUAGAUGACAGUCGUCUAUGCUGUAGUUACUCUGGGCAAGACAAGGUUUGUUCCUUGGCUUGAGUCGGAGCAUUUGACAACCAUGGUACUUGGAGCAUGAUAAAACGUGCACAGGCAUUUCCAAAGUUGAGCUUUGUAGAGGUGGUUCAUGGGGGCAUUAGUUAGACGAUUCUUUACAUUGGGAGAUUGGCAGAAGUUCCUAGAAAGCAUCUGCUGCUCAUAGUUUGAGGGGAAAGAUUGCAUCAUAUACCUCAGAUACUUACAAUCUUAUACAGAUGAGUUUAGGUGAAUUAAUAGUUAGUAGUGGGCAUACUGCUGAAUCUUGUUCUUCUUUUUCCGAUGAUACAGGCUUCAUCAUCUUGUAUGAUUUAGUUACACAAUCCAAGUUAAAUGUGCAUCUACUUCAUAGUUUGAAA